AUGGCCAUAUCUUCGCCGGUCAUCUUGGUUAUAGGAGGGGCUUGGCACGAACCCCUGUGUUAUGGGUUGCUAAUGACGCAGAUCGAGGCCCUGGGCUACGAGUGUCUAGUACCACGCUUACCAACAGUCUGCGGAAUCAGAGGUCUGACGUGGGAGGCCGACGUCGCUAUGAUCCACGAGCUCGUGCUUCCCCUAUUCGAACAGGGCAAGGAGGUCGUCAUCUGCGGUCACUCUUAUGGGGGCAUACCCGCCUGCGCCGCAACCGAGGGUCUCAGCGUGGGCGAUCGUCUGAAGGCUGGACAACGCGGAGGUUUCCGGGCCAUCAUAUACAUGGCUGGCUUCGCUGUGCCAAUGAAGGGGAUGGAUCUCGUGGAGACGCUGGGAGGCGUGUUGCCAGACUGGAUGAGCCCAGAAUUGCCGUUAAGGAAGGGUAACUCGCUGUCGAGAGUCAAACCGGAAGCGAAGUCCAUCUUUUACAAUGACCUCCCCCACGAGGACGCUCAGGAAUGGUACGACAGGCUUGUCACCCACUCACAGGACGCGGUUGAGGCACCGGUCCAGUACGUGGCAGCCGACCUGACUAUGCCACGCUACUACCUGAUCUGUGAGCUGGACAGAGCGAUAUUGGUUGUGCUGCAGGAACAGCUUGUUGCUUCGAUUCUUGGCAUGAGGGUCAGGCGGAUUGAGGCUGGUCAUAGCCCAUUUCUUUCACAGCCCGGCCGGACUGCCGAGUUGAUAGUCGAAAUGGCACAGGAGGCGGUGAUGUGGGGAGUCGAAAUGGGGCCACGCCUUUGA